GGUAACUGAGGGAGUGAAAUUGAAAGUUUAAAACUUGGUGCAGUCAGUGAAGGCAACAGAGCAGCCUGCCUCUUCGGUCUUUGUCGCUCAUUUCCCGAGCGCGGACAGAGAAGAAGGUUGUCGACGGGGAUCAGAGGAGCUGAGCUCAAACCGAAAAUGACCACACAGGGUGGGGGCGAGAAAAGAUACGAUCCCAAAGACACGACUCUGAAGUUUGUCAACAGACCGGAUGAUCUGGAUCCACUACCCCCAGAGGAUGGAGACAACUGUCUCCGGGCGGAGAUGUCCUGCGGACAUGCCGUCACCCCGGAGUCUCUCACUGGUUGGUGUCGCAGCCUCCUGGAUCAGGGCCAGUACAAAUUUAAGUGCCCCGCUUUGAGGCAGGGGACCUUGCAGAAGUGUGACGCAGUGUGGCCAUAUCAAGAGGUACGCAGGCUGGCAGUGCUGACAGCUGAAGAGAUGCAGUACUUUGAGGAGAACAUCGCCCGCAUGGCUGCCAUAGAAUACUGUGAAUUCAAAACAUGUCCUGGGUGCAAAACCUACGUGGAGAGAGACGACCUAACCAACCUCAGUUUGCGCUGCACAAUCUGCACAGCAGAUAAGCAGAAACCCUUUGAAUUCUGCUGGCAGUGUAUGAAUUUGUGGAAAGGCAACGCUCCACGCUCUGACCGCUGCGACAACGACGGCUGCGUCAACCACGACCUCGAGCUCCUCAAGAACUGUAAGGACACCUCUCUCCCUCAGGUGGAGGGGGUUGACAAGUGUCCCUCCAUUCGGGCCUGUCCCACCUGUGGUCAGCGGGUGGAGCACGACAAAACAGGCUGCAAGAACGUCAUCUGUCCUCGCUGUCAGAUUGAGUUCUGCUUUGUGUGUCUGAAACUCACUCCUGAGUGCCUGAAGACGAGCUCUUACUUCAUCCCCUGCAGUGAUGGUGUGGCUCCCAGACAAACGUCCAUACCUGUGUGGCGCAGAAACUAAGAGGGAAGAUGCUCACACAUCCACCACUCAUGAUGCAUGAUGUAUGCUUACAGUCUUCUUCUGUCACGCCAGGCUUUUCCUGUUGAAUUUCACUGGCAAACAGGCUUAUUUACUCAUGUAUGUUGCAAAAUAUCUGAUGUAGUUUCUUAUAACGUUUUAUAAAAUACUGUUUUUGAAACUGAUAUAAAAUUUGCCUCCUUGGAAUUCGUCUCUGGUCAGUGAUAGUUAAACAUGAAUAAAUAAAGUUUCCCUUUACAUGAA